AUGUUUCCGCUUGCAUUUGUUAUUCUGUUAUCAAUUUCAGGGGCUGCUUUUUCAGCUGAGACCCACGAAAACUUUCUUCAAUGUCUUUCCCAAUCUCCAAACGCGAGUGCCAUUUCCCAGCUCAUUUACACUCCUACACAUCCCUCAUAUUCAUCCAUCUUAAAUUUUUCCAUACAAAAUCCAAGAUUCUCUUCUCCCUCCACCCCAAAACCCCUCGUUAUUCUUACACCAUUGCAUGUUUCACAUGUCCCAGCAGCCAUUAACUGUUCCCGGCAUCAUGGCAUGCAGAUUAGAGUUCGAAGCGGUGGCCAUGACUAUGAAGGUCUUUCGUACGUUUCUGACGUACCAUUCCUUGUAAUCGAUCUGAUAAACCUCACUUCGAUCACGGUAGAUCUUGAAGAAAGCACCGCAUGGAUUGAAGCUGGUUCUACAAUCGGCGAAGUUUAUUACAGAAUUGCAGAGAAAAGUAGAACUCUCGGAUUUCCUGCUGCUAUUAUCCCCACUGUGGGUGUUGGUGGACAUUUAAGUGGAGGAGGCUACGGAACUAUGUUGCGAAAAUAUGGCAUAGCAGCUGAACAUGUUGUUGAUGCACAUAUAGUUGAUGCUGAAGGAAGAUUUCUUGAUAGAGAAUCCAUGGGAGAAGAUCUCUUCUGGGCUAUUCGAGGUGGUGGAGGAGCGAGCUUUGGAGUUGUUCUUGCAUGGAAGAUUAAGCUCCUUCCUGUUCCAUCAACUGUGACUGUAUUCACAGUUAAUAGGAACUUGGAACAAAAUGCAACCAAACUCGUUCAUCGUUGGCAAAAUGUCGCGGACAAACUUGAUGAAGAUCUGUUUAUUAGAGUCAUCUUGCAAAGUGUAAUUACCGGUGAAGAAGGGAAGAAAACAAUACAAGCUUCAUUCAAUUCAUUGUUCUUAGGAGUUGAUAGGCUUCUUCCGUUGAUGGAGAAGAGCUUUCCCGAGCUCGGUUUAACGAAACAAGAUUGCAACGAAAUGAGUUGGAUCGAAUCCACUCUUUACUUUAGUGGAUUCCCAAGUGGAGAAUCAUUGGAAGUUUUGCUUGACAAGCGUCCUUCACGAGUGAUAUUACCUUUCAAAAUAAAAUCUGACUAUGUGAAAGAACCUAUUUCCGAAACUUCAUUGGAAGGAAUAUGGGAAAAGAUUUAUGAAGAAGAGGUGGGAAAGGCUAUGCUAAUCUUUGUUCCUUAUGGAGGGAAAAUGAAGGAGGUUUCGGAAUCCGAAAUUCCAUUCCCACACAGAGCUGGAAAUAUCUACAAAAUUCAAUACUUGCUGAAUUGGGAAGAAGAAGGGAAUGAAGCUGCACAAAGUCAUAUAAGUUGGAUGAGAAAGUUUUAUGAUAAUAUGACUCCCUUUGUGUCCAAAAAUCCAAGAGCUGCAUAUUUGAAUUAUAGAGAUCUCGAUAUUGGAAAAAAUGGCAAGGGAAAUACUAGUUACACUGAAUCUAGCAUAUGGGGGAUCAAGUAUUUCAAAAAUAAUUUCGAUAGGUUGGUUCAAGUAAAGACUGUGGUCGAUCCAACCAACUUCUUUAGGAAUGAACAAAGCAUUCCACCUCUUUAUUCAAGGGUGAGGAAAACGGGCAACUAA